UCCCAAAGAAUAUCCAUUGCCAAAGGUCCUUCAAGGUCAUCUAGAUUCCUAGCAAAUAAUUCAUCUUAUCCUCCACAUGAACCCAAAUUUUAUGAUAUUCCUUAAUCCCAACGGAAUAUUUCCCACAAAUUUGGUAACAAAAACCCUCUUCCAUUCCAACUUCUACUUCCUUUUAUAUUACAAUUUACAUUAUACUCAUCAUGUUGACCUCCUCUCCUGCUUCUCUCUCUAUAAAUCCCUCUCUCUCUCCUCCCUCCUUUUCGGCAUCCACCACCCAAUCAUCUGCCUUUUGUCCUCCCCUCAGAUUCCCAGGCGGCCAAUCCUCGCGAACAAAACCCAGUAGCCUUUGGACUCAAGGUGUUCGAUUGUGUGCCUCCGAGAGACCAAAAAGUAGAAAACUUGAGCUUAAAGCCAGCGACAUGACAAUUACAGAGGUCGAGAUAGAGGAAAAGGAAGUGGAAGAGGGUCCUCCUCCAUAUGUUGAGUCGGAGAUUAAUUCCAGACCUCGUCGCAUUGCUCUCUUUGUUGAGCCUUCUCCCUUUGCAUAUGUGUCAGGUUAUAAAAAUCGGUUCCAGAAUUUCAUUAGAUACUUGCGUGAAAUGGGGGAUGAGGUGAUGGUUGUGACAACCCACGAAGGAGUCCCUGACGAAUUUUAUGGAGCAAAAUUGAUUGGAUCCCGAAGCUUUCCCUGCCCCUUGUAUCAAAAGGUGCCCCUUUCCCUUGCACUUAGUCCUAGAAUAAUUUCGGAGGUUGCUCAGUUCAAGCCUGACAUUAUACAUGCAUCCUCGCCUGGAAUUAUGGUUUUUGGCGCGCUCAUUAUCGCUAAGUUGUUAUCUGUCCCCAUAGUGAUGUCGUAUCACACUCAUGUGCCAGUAUAUAUCCCGAGAUACACCUUCAGUUGGCUGGUGAAACCCAUGUGGUUGGUCAUAAAAUUUCUGCACAGAGCUGCUGAUCUCACACUAGUGCCAUCAGCUGCAAUCAGUAAGGAUCUCCUAGAAGCUGGGGUGGCCGCAGCUAAUACAAUCCGUCUUUGGAAUAAAGGUGUUGAUUCUGAAAGCUUCAAUCCCCGCUUCCGUUCUCAUGAAAUGCGCAUAAGACUGAGCAAUGGCGAACCUGAGAAACCUUUAAUUGUUCAUGUUGGAAGACUUGGAGUGGAGAAGAGUUUGGAUUUUCUGAAAAGUGUCAUGGAUCGGCUUCCCGAAGCACGAAUUGCUUUCAUUGGAGAUGGACCAUACAGGGAGGAUCUGGAAAAACUGUUUGAAGGCAUGCCCGCGGUAUUUACAGGAAUGUUAGGAGGUGAAGAGCUCUCUCAGGCAUAUGCCAGUGGUGACGUUUUUGUGAUGCCUUCAGAAUCAGAGACACUAGGGCUUGUUGUAUUGGAGGCUAUGUCUUCAGGUAUCCCUGUGGUGGGAGCUCGUGCUGGUGGAAUCCCAGAUAUAAUUCCGGCAGAUCAGGAGGGGAAAACUGGCUUUCUCUACGAUUACAAUGACCUUGAUGACUGCUUAAGUAAGUUGCAGCCCCUGCUGGAGAACAAGGAAUUAAGGGAAACAAUUGGCAGGGCAGCGCGUGAGGAAAUGGAGAAGUACGAUUAAGCAGCCACGCGAGUAAUUCGAAAUGAGCAAUACAGUGACGCCAUUUGGUUCUGGAGGAAGAAGAGAGCGCAAUUUCUGAGACCGUUGCAGUGGUUCAUGAAGCGCAUCUUUCCUCCAACCACACCAGAAAUCAAGUACAGGUGAUUUCAGAUCCUACGACGUUCAGCACAGGUAACUAGUUAUUUGUAAACUUGCUUUGCGCUUUCAAAAGAAGUUAUUGGUGGAUUGUACUUGGGAUAAUUGUAAAUUAUUUGUUGUACAUAUUGGACGGUAGACAAUGUCAGUUGUGUCGUCUCCUGCUAAUUUUCGUAUGUUCACGAAAGUGCAUUCGAACCCGUCUUUGCGACAUCUUACCAAGAAAUUUGUAAUUUUACUGCACAACCAAAUGGGAAAUGAGAGAUCUGUGUGCAUGUUUUCUG